AUGAGAACUCUGGAAUUAGUUUCACCGCCAUCUCCGGCAUCUCUAGCCCCUUCUUUCAGCUACUCCGCCGCCCGGAGCGUAACUGACGUCAGAACCGUCGGCAACGACGUCAAGACCAACUUCGAUGUUCAACUUUUCCUCAGAAGACCGAAACUCCAAAAACCAGAACCCGUCGUCGUCAUUCAACCUCAGAAUCAGAUUGACAGAGCUCCAAAAUCAUACCCUCGAUGCUCAACUUCCGAUAUUCUCCGAUUAAUGGAUUCUCUUUCUCUGCCUAUAAACGAAGACCUAUACACGUGUCUCGCCAAGGAAUCAACCAGCGAAUGCGAUCAACGCGGAGCAUACGAGCUGCAAGUUCACAUCAUGAACUCCAGUCUAAGACCCAGAACGGCUUUUCUCAAUCGUCUCCUCCUGAUGCACGUCUCGUGUGGGCGUCUGGAUAUUACACGCCACAUGUUCGAUAAAAUGCCUCACAGAGAUUUUCAUUCGUGGGCAAUCGUUAUCCUCGGCUGUGUCGAAAUGUGUGAGUACGAAGACGCUGCUUUGCUCUUCGUUUCGAUGUUGAAACACCAGAACGUUUCUUCCAAGAUUCCGCCUUGGAUCAUGGGCUGCGUUCUAAAAGCGUGUGCUAUGAUCAGAGAUUUGGAGUUAGGGAGGCAGGUUCAUGGCUUGUGUCAGAAGCUAGGGUUUAUAGAGGAAGAAGAAGAUUCGUCGUAUCUCUCGAGUUCUUUGAUACGUUUCUACGGGGAAUUCAGGUGUUUGGAAGAAGCUGAUCUUGUGCUACACCAGGUUUCGAAUGCGAAUACCGUUGUUUGGGCAGCGAAGGUUAGUAACGACUACAGAGAAGGUCGGUUUGAGGAAGUAAUCAAAGAUUUCAUCGAAAUGGGUAAACAUGGGAUCAAGAAGAACGUCUUGGUGUUCUCUAGUGUUUUGAAAGCAUGCUCUUGGGUCAGUGACGGUGGGAGAAGCGGGCGAGGAGUGCACGCGAGUACAAUAAAGCUCGGGUUCGAGUCGGAUUGUUCGAUCCGAUGUCGGUUGAUCGAGAUGUAUGGCAAGUAUGGGAAGGUGGAACAUGCAGAGAAGGUGUUCAAGAGUAGGACUGAUGAUGAUACAAGUGUUUGGAACGCUAUGGUCGCCGGUUAUAUGCAGAAUGGGUUUUACAUUGAAGCCAUUAAGCUUCUGUAUCAGAUGAAAGCAACUGGUAUCAAAGCACAUGGCAUGCUCUUAAACGAAGUCAAUCUCAAAGCCAACCUUUAG